AUGGAGGCCGGUGAAGCUGUUAUUGAUAAUGGAGCGACUGCAUUGUUCAACCAGCAAUUUAAUUACCAAAAGCUGGAAGCGAUGGCAGCGCGCGUAUCUCAAUUACAAAACGAAGACGCAGAGUUGCGUGCGAGGAAUGACAAACGCGAGCGAGAAACGCACGAAUUUGUAGCCUAUUUCCAGAAGGAGAUUUUGACACGAGAUACGCAAAUCGCGAAAUUGAGCGAAGAGCUCGCUGCAACACGCUUGAGUCAUGCACUUGCAUUAGAACAAAUGCGAGUUGCCCGCGAUACUGAGCAUGAGCAAUUGGUUCAGCAAACCCUUGCAAAGGAAGACUCAGCACUGAAUGAAAUUACGGAACUUCGAGAAAAACUUAACCAGCUGAAGCUGUUUCAAGAAAUGAAAGAUACUUUUGUCUCUAAGAUUAAAGACCUCGAAACGCAAUUAACAUUUGAAAGAGAGCAAGCUCGCGAAGCGUUGGGUGCACUGGAGCGAAAAUCUCUUGAGGAAAAAGCUCGCAUGCAAAAAGAUCAUGAAAGAAAGAUUGACAGCGUCAAGCGUCAAGCUAAAGAGGAUGCUCGCAAUGGGCUAAAUGCUGAUACGCGCAAAAUUGUGACGGAUCACAAGCGCAUUUGCGAGGAAUUACGAUUUCAAUUACAAAUGACUGAUGAACUUCAUCGUGAGAAGCAACAAUUUGAAGCUCGUGCAAAGGAUUUAAACAUGGAAUUGCAAAUUCACGUAGAUAAGGAAACAGAAUUUGCAAAACAGGCUCAGCGACAAGCUAGAGAGCUCACACGAUUAAGGAGCAGUCUCCGAGAAGCUGAACAAAAACUUGGUGAUGGCCUAGCUGCAGCUUCUUGGGAUGCCCAUGCCAAUGUUACUCGCUAUGAGCGUGAGCGUGAGGAUAUGUUAUUGGAUGUAGAAGGUCUUCGAAAGUUAUUGCGUCUUAAGAACCGCGAGCUGCGAAAUUUGAGGCGACUUGCGCAAACGAUUUUAAAUCAGCGCACAGAUGUCGAACAAUUUUGCUUGGACUCGCUGGAGCAUGUUAAGAACGAAAUUGAACGAGAACGUAAAAAAAAGCACAAACGCGAGGUUGAAAAGUACCACUAUGAUCUGGAAUGUGCGAAUGGCACUAAGCCAAGCUUAAGGUUUCCGAAGCUGAUAUCUCCAACCAGUUAUCAAAAUUCGGGUCCGCCUCAACAUUUCACCGAAAAGGUGGACUUACGUCAACUGAGCUGGAUCGAUAGAGAGAGGGUGCUUCGUCUUUUGUUUGCCAAGAUUAAUCGAUCUCAAGGCUUCAUUGAUAUACAGGGUGAUACACCUUCAGAAAUUUUCGAGACAUCUGUCAAGAGUUCACCUAGUCCGAACCAGAAGGAAAAACAGCGAAGCACAAAUGUAUACUUUGCGACAGAGCCUCAAACCAGACAUAAAGGUCGGGCUACAACAGAUGAAAACUCAGUAGGUGAAGAUGCGCUGAGUAUGUCAUUAAGUGGAAUGCCUUAUGUACCACGUGCGCCGACUCGUAUACAUCAAGGUGGAUAG